UAUUCAAUGGAGUACUCUAAAUGGGAUAACCAAACUUCAGUGUCCACCUUUAUGGUUGUUGGACUUUCUGAAACUAUGGAUCCACAGAUACACCUCUUCUUCGUGUUCCUUGGCAUCUACCUCGUCACUGUGGUUGGCAACAUUGUGAUCCUAAGUGUUAUUUCCUCAGAAAAACGACUACAUACGCCAAUGUACUUCCUCUUAGCUAACCUUGCCAUUGUUGAUAUUUUUUUGUCUUCUGCCACCGUCCCUAAACUUUUGUUUAUUUUGGCAACAGCCCAGAGGUCCAUCUCUUACACUGAAUGUAUUACCCAACUUUAUUUCUUCCAAUUUUUCAUGGUAGUAGAGUGUUAUACUCUAGCAGUCAUGGCUUACGAUAGAUAUGUAGCAAUCUGCUUUCCACUCAACUACACCCUUAUUAUGAACACUGCAGUUCGGGUUCGAAUGGUCUUUGCCUGUUGGUUUAGUGGUUUUGUCAACUCGGUAGUCCAAGCAAUCUCAAUAUCCCAUCUUAACUUCUGUAAAUCCAACAAGGUGGAUCACUUCUUCUGUGAUGUCACCCCGCUGUUUAAGUUGUCCUGUUCCAACACGCAAGUUGGUGAGGCUCUCUUUAUGAUUGUGGUGGUUGUCGCAGGAUUUGGUCCACUCAUAUUUAUAUUUUUGACCUAUGGUCGAAUCAUUACUGCAAUUAUAAAGAUUAGCACCAGUCAGGGAAGGUUUAAGACCUUCUCUACUUGUGCAUCUCAUUUUACAGUGGUAGCCUUGUAUUAUGGAAGUGGCACGUUUAGCUACAUCUGGCCAUCCAUCACUUUUGCCAUUGACAAGGAUGUUAAGGUGGUGGCCUUACUGUACACGAUCAUGACCCCAAUGUUGAACCCAAUAAUUUAUAGCUUGAGGAAUAGGGAAGUGAAACAGGCUCUGAAAAAUGCACUUAAAAAUGCACUAAAAAUCCACAGACUAAAAUAA